GCGAGGGAGACGUUGUACACCCUCUGCAGAGGGAGAGUGCAGCGAUGGGUAAUGCGCAGGACAAACCUCCCGGUAGUGGAGGAGGGGGGGCCAAAACAGACCAUGCUACGCCAGGGAGAGGUAGACGAAGCUGGGGUCCCGGAAGCACCACGCACAGACCCCCGGACAAGGCACCGGUGGUCAACGGUGCCCAGGCAGGAGGUGGACAUACCGGGGGACGGCCACCACAGGAGGUCCCCGUGGUGGACACGAGCCAUCUGGACGCCCCGGCGGGAGCCCUCCCACCCCCUCUGGCACGUUUGAAAAAUGAGGGGAACCAACUCUUCAAAAAUGGCCAGUUCGGGGAGGCCUUGGAGAAAUACACCCUGGCCAUUGAUGGAUGUGCCGAUGCAGGUGUUGAAAGCCCAGAGGACCUGGGGAUCCUCCACUCUAACCGAGCGGCCUGUUACCUGAAGGAUGGAAACAGUGCUGACUGCAUACAGGACUGUACAAGGGCUCUGGAGCUGCAGCCGUACUCCCUGAAGCCGCUCCUGCGCAGGGCGAUGGCCUACGAGACCCUGGAGCGCUACAAGAAGGCCUACGUGGACUACAAGACGGUGCUGCAGAUAGACACCGGCGUGCAGGCGGCGCACGACAGUGUUCAUAGAAUCACCAAACUGCUGAUCGAUCAGGAGGGUCCGGAUUGGCGGGAGAACCUUCCGGAGAUCCCCCUGGUUCCGAUGCUCGUCAAGCAGCAGCACCAAGCGAAGCCCAUCAGUGCCGAGCUGACCCAGGCCCGCGCCUCACGGGCCGCGAACGAAGAAGCCAGGAGAAAGGACACCCGCUUCACAUUGUUAAAACACGAAGGCAACGACUUUGUGAAGCGAGGCCAAUUCAGGGACGCCGCGGAGAAGUACAGCGAAUGUCUCAGCAUCAAGCCCGAGGAUUGCUCGGUUUACACCAACAGAGCAAUUUGCUUCCUGAAACUUCAUCAGUAUGCAGAGGCCAAAGAGGACUGUGACUCCGCCCUGAGUCUGGAGCCAGCCAAUAAGAAGGCAUUCUACAGACGCGCCCUGGCCCAUAAGGGUUUAAAGGACUACCUGGCGGCCAGCAGUGACCUCCAGGAGGUGAUGGUUCUGGACCCCAACGUGCACGAGGCAGAGGAGGAGCUCCAGAACGUCACCUCGCUGCUCCGACAGAGCCUGAUGGACAGACACUAACCACACACACACACACACACACACACACACACACACACACACACACACACACACACACACACACACACACACACAGGUCUCUCUCUCUCUCUCUCUCAUUUCUAACCGGUCACCUCCCUGCUCAGACAGAGCCUGAUGGACAAACACUAACCACACACACAGGUCUCUCUCUCUCU